AUCCAGAAUUAAAUAUGCAUCCCCUGUGGUCGUCAAUACCUAAAUCAUUAUCUGACAUUCUCGAAUCUGUUCAAAAGAGAGCACUGAGAAUAGCUUAUCCAGAUCUGUUAUAUGGUGAAGCCCUGGAAAUUUCAAACUUACAGUAUUUGAGUACUCGUAGAGACAUCUCUUGCAAGAAAUUCGUCGAAUCUCUGCGACGUGAUGUUUCACCCUACAAACCCUUUGACCAAAAUUAUGGAAAUUCGUCCCGCG